CGCUUCUGUGAAUGCUGUGCAAAUUAGUAGGAUACUGACACUGUCUGCUAUCGUUGUCAUUUUUAUUGUGGCAUUACACUCUUCUUCAAGAUAUAAACACUGAGUAUACGUUGGAGUAAAUACGUGCGUCUUUUUUUCUCACACAUAAACUAAUAUGUCCUCACAACAAUUCUAUGAGCUGUACCGUCGCAGCAGUAUCGGAAUGGCGUUAACGGAUUCCCUCGAUGAGUUGAUUCAAAGUGGACACAUCAAUCCACAGUUGGCCAUGCGUGUUCUCACUACCUUUGACAAGAGCAUUUCAGAAGCAUUGGCGCAGCUCGUACGAAAUAAGGCUAAUGUCAAGGGGCACUUGCAUACAUACCGUUUCUGCGAUGAUGUUUGGACUUUUAUCAUUGAAAACCCCAACUUUAAGUUUGAACAAGACAGCGUAUCUGCUGACAAGGUCAAGAUUGUCGCCUGUAACGCUAAGCGUCCUGGAGAACAAUAAGUUCCUCCUUCACAAGCUGACCCACACAAAUACACAUACAUACGCCAUAUAUUACGUUAUAUUACACUUCUACCCAUCUCUCCCACUUUCCGCUUCUAUACACACGCAGCACACACACACACACAUCCACACAAUCCUAUACAUCGCAACAGAAAAAAACACGCAUGAAAAGAAACGCAUGAUGAAAAGAAAAGAUUCACUUGUGCCACAGUCCAUUUUCAUUCGAUUUGUAGAUAUGAUUUACUCUAAAUAAAAGAAAAACCGAAAAAAAAAUCACA